AUGAAAGUUUACCAAAUUAUCAUAUUGUUGCUGACUGAUGUUAUCGAUUCGCGAAUCGAGCAAGUUUGGCACUUCGCCAUGAUAAAUCAAAAACUGACCGCCAAACUCUUCCCAUGCCUCGACGAAUGGAAGGUAAAGUAUACCCCGGACAAUAAUAAAAUCGUUGGUAAGGACCUCAUGGUCUUCUGGCAGCCCAGAUCACUAAUGUUGACCUGCAUGUCUGAUGACAAUAUCAUGGACGUGUUUUUUAUCGUGAUGGUUGACACUUUUCUAACUUUGAAAACGGAGGAUGUGGUUUUGUAUCCUGGUCGAGAGGUUGACGUGAGGUGUUCUGUGUCGAUAUAUUAUAGAGAAGAUAUCGCUGGUAAACUGAAAUUGAGCUUAGUCUUGUUCGACAACGAUGGCAAACUCCGAUACAAUUUGAAAUAUUUUCAGAUAGAGAAUUUCAGGACAGAUCCAACCAUUGUGACUUUGAAUACGAAGUUCAAGGUUGAGUUGGAACAUGACGGAAACAGUUUUGUCUGCUUCAUGAUCUUUGACAAAAUACCCAAAAAUGUUUUGCUCAAAAAAGGAGACUUUAUGAAAAAAAGUUUAAUUGUCAUUCAAGAUACUGUGAACAAGGACCAAGCUUUCAAGUCCGAUUACAUAUGGCUGUGGAUUUUCAUGGUUGUUCUUGGGAUGACGAUACUGGUGGCUCUAUUGGCUCUUGCCACCAUCAGAAGGCAGAACCGAGAAACUAAAACAAUAGAAACGUUGGUAAACGAAAGAAACUCGAAAAAGAAAACAAAAGCAAUGAUUAUGGAUUUGGAUUCUAAUAAUGAAAUAAGGUCGGAAGAAAUGAAACGAAAACGGGAGCUUUUGGCAAAUCUAAAGAGUGGGUCGAUUCCGCAGCAGGGCAAAUCCAAAAAACAUAAAAUAUCCGGAAAUAAGAAAAGUUCGAAAACCAUUCCUAAACAAGUGAGAGUUCACAUGCUCUACAACAAAAUUAAAUCUGAACUUGAGCAAAACGAAACUCUGACGGAUGAUCAGAUAAGAAUGUUAAAAAUUCUAGCGUACCGCGAAACUAUAAAGUCGGUCAUUGACGAUGUUCAUAGCUCGACUUCUGUUAAAUACGGAACAAAUGAAUGGAGAUGGAUGAGAGCCGACUCAAUUGGAUCUGGUAGAACGUACUACGACGCAAUAGGAGUGCCUCAAACAGGGUUCCAGCCAAGUAUCGGCCCCGAGUCAAAGAGUUCAACUCCAACUAAACCUCCAUCUAAAGCGACAUCUUCAUACGCACCCAGGUCACCAGAAACAGAAAAAGAUGAAGAGAAGGUACAAAAAAAAAAAAACAUCAAGAAAGAAAAUUUCAAAAAAGAGAGCAAACCACCAGACAGCAAGACGAUUUCACGGCCCAAUGUGCCCAACGAUGGUCCCAGCGUGCCCAAAGAUGGUCCCAACUCUCCAACUCCAGAAACGAUGGAUCGUGAGAAAUGUUAUUAUGUUGAUAAAUAUCGUUUUGUUGUAAAAAGCAAAGAGGUUAAAUUAAAACCAGAAGAAUGGAGGAAAGCUUUGGAAUCAUGUUUUGAAAAUCGUUUGAGCGUUUGUGGAAGCGCUAGUGAUAGUUGA